GCAGUACCCCUUGCGAGGACCCGUGGCUGCCCUGACCUUGCUUGCUCCCACCCAGGUCCCCGAACCCUCGCGGCUGCCGGCAUCCCCGCGCGGAGAGCUGCCCUUUCCUAGUGUCGAUGACCUCUAACCGCGCGGGCCUGGCGCCAUCUUGGGUGUCUCCCGGGGGUUGGGGGCUUUGCAGCCGGCGAAAGGCAAUACUGGCGCUCCCCAGUGCCAGGAUAACAUGCACGUACCACCACGCCUAACUUCAGACCUCCCUUGAUUCACGCACGUGUAUGGAAGCAUGCAUGCAUGCUGAGAAGUUAAUGUAGAGGGCAUCUCCAUGCCACCUUCACUUUUUGAGAUAGGAUGUCUUACUGACCUGAAGCUCAUCAACUUUGAUUGCAAGCCAAUCAGCUUCAGCUCUCCUGCCUUGGCCCCUCACCCCUGAAAAUGUAUGCCUGCUCCAAGUUUGUCUCUACCCGCUCCCUGAUCAGGACCUCUCAGCUGCUGAGUCGUCCGCUGUCUGCAGUGGAGUUGAAGCGACCACAGAUGCCAACAGAUGAGAGCCUCAGCAGCUUGGCGGUCUGGCGGCCCCUGACCUCACUUAUCCCUAGCCGCAGCUUCCAAACCAGUACCAUUUCAAGGGACAUAGACACAGCUGCCAAGUUCAUUGGAGCUGGAGCUGCGACAGUUGGGGUGGCUGGCUCUGGGGCAGGGAUUGGGACUGUUUUUGGGAGUCUCAUCAUUGGCUAUGCCAGGAACCCUUCUCUGAAGCAACAGCUCUUCUCCUACGCUAUUCUGGGCUUUGCCCUCUCAGAGGCCAUGGGGCUCUUUUGCCUAAUGGUGGCCUUUCUCAUCCUCUUCGCCAUGUGAAGCAGCUGUCUCCACUUCCACCUCCCAUGGCUCUUUCGUGUCUCGUCUGCCCUGUAUGUUCCUUUUCCUGUACCUCCCCAAGAAGCCUGGGGAAAGUGCUUGGCUCAGGGUUUGACAGAGAGAAGACAAAUAAAUACUGUAUUAAUAAGA